CGGGUUGGAGGUUACCGUGGAAACAUAUGAGUUAUCCACGCGGCUUCCGUGGGAACUCCGAUUCGAAAGAUUUCUCGGGACUCGCAUGUGCUGCUGUGUUUUUUCGGUCUCGGCGUGAUAGAGACAUCAUCCCAAGAUCCAGGCUCCAACAGACCGUGACUUGAAUAAACAUAAUAUGAGCAGUGAUACCGAAAUAAGGCGCGACAUCACCGAGGAGGAUCUGGAAAAGUACCAAAAUCUGGUGCCUACCUGUGAACACUACGAGGAAGAGUAUAGUGAUUGUCGAUCCAUCAGAGCUCGUUUGCAUCAGAGAUUCGUUCAUGGCGAAGAGAUAGAUUGCGAGCCCUGGAAAACUGACCACGGAAACUGUCUGAAGUGGCGGAAAGAAAAGGACUUGACCGCUCUCAGAGCCGUGACCGAGAGUGAAAUCAUUCGAAUGCGGAAACGGCAGGAGGCCACGCGAGCCACCACUCAGGUUUGGGAGUUCCGCGAAGAACCGCCACCGGAUGCAGUGUGGAGUCCUCCUUUGCCACCGUAUCUCGCGGAAAAAGUGAAGAGCAGUAUGAUUGGUUCGCAGAGCCAAUCGUCCAAAGGCUGUGUUUUGAUGUAG